AUGACCAGAUUCUAGCCACACUUUUUGGACGUCGAACACUUUUAGUCCUCCGGGACUUGUGCCGUUUGUUGACUGUGAAUUAGAAGGGUUUUUCUGUCUUUUUACGUUGUCUGUUGACUGUGAAUUAGAGGCGUUGAAGGUUAUUAACGACUGGGUCUAAUCGGGCAGUCCUCUUCACCCCAUUAUUGAUCUUGGGAGCUGUUGAGACACCAGUGCGACGCCGCCGAUGUGGACGGUUGCGGCGGCAGCUUGGGGUCUUCCGGCGAUGGUUUAACAGCGGGUUUGGGCUUCCCGUUGGCGAACAGAGAGUUGAGCAAGUUUGUGAGGCGAGCCCCUGGCAAGAUGGGUUGUUUCAUCUUCUUUAGAUUCGCAUACAUCUUCACAACGGCGGAUUUGGACUCCAUCAAAUUCUCAUGUUCCGUUUUGGAAGAUUUCUCGGCGGUGGUUUUGACCGAUUUAAGCCGGGAGAAACUGAAACAAGAGGUUCUCAGUGACGUCGACGACUUUCGAGUAGACUCCAGGAACUCUGUCUCCGACAAGGAAGACGACGAGGAGAGUGCCCGGAGCUGGAAUCCGAAAUUUGACAGCAACGGCGGUGGCGAAGAUCAAUCUUUGUCGCCUCCGCUGCCGCUGCAAGUUGUGAGUAAAAGCUCAACAAGAAGUGGAAAUAUGUUGUAGUGGGUGUUCUUGGAGGACUUGGUUGUUUGGGAAUUGUAGUAGGGAUUGUUUUCUUGCUUUGUAUUUGCAAAAGGGAGAAGAAAGGUGAAGCGGAAAUGGUGACAAAGAGUCUUGAGGCAGCUGAGAAGCCAUUGAAGAAGAAAUUGGACGAGGAAGUCGGGCUGUCCUAUGAGAGUGUAUCUUAUUUGGUACAAUCUAUGAAGAUGCAUACUUUUGAAUAGAUCAAAUCUGCUACAGAGAAUUUCAAUCCCAGUUGUUUGAUCCGGGAAUCGGUUUAUCGUGGCACGAUCAAUGGGGAUUUUGCAUCAAUCAAGAAAAUGAAUAUAUUUUGCAGCAACUAGGAGGGAUUGGAAGAAGACCACGUAAAAAGACCAAAAAGCCCUUCAAAAUCACGGACAACAAACGACACAACUGACGGAGGACUAAAAGUGUCCGACGUCCAAAAAGUGUGGCUAGAAUCUGGUCAUUUUUAUUAUGGAAGACUAAAUCUGUCAAACGCCUAAUAAGUCUAGGACCAAAAGUGGAAUUAACUCAAAAAAAUAUUUAUAAGAACAAAUUCAUGUAGUGUAUGCAAUGUGUAUAUGAAAAAUGUAUGAAAAGUAGAUAGUAGAUCCUGGAAAUUGGCUUGAGAGCCUUUUUAUUCAUUGUUAGAGAGAGAGAGAGUAAAGGAGAAGAGAGCAAAAUGGGAUCUCCUCUAAUGAAGGGCUAGGACCCUUUAUACAGGCACAUAGACCCGUACUCGAUGCCGAAUAA